ACUUCCGAAGGACCUCUCCUUCGCAAAACAGACCGGAGCUCGCUCAACACAAAUCUGUGAUAAUGAAAGUUCUGUGGGUCCUUCUUCUCGCUUCAGCUGCUGAAAGCAUGACAUUGGACAAGUGUACCCUGGCUGAAGAACUGAGGAAUGGGAGUAUUGUUGGCUACAAGCAAUAUACUGUAGAAGAUUAUUUGUGCAUGGCCCUUUAUACUAGCGACCUUGAUACUUCUCUGCACUCAAGUCCCUCGGAGUAUGGCAUUUUCCAAAUCAACAGCUACUGGUGGUGUAAUGACGGAAGGACUGUAGCACGCAAGAACCUGUGUGGAGUUUUGUGCCGAGAUUUCUUGGAUGAUAAUGUAAAAGACGAUAUCAAGUGCCUUAGACGGAUUGUAAGGGAACCAAAUGGAUUAGAGGCUUGGGAUGGAUAUAAGAUGCACUGUAAAGGCAAGGACCUGAGCUAUUUAACCAGUGAAUGUUAACUUCAAAUCUAUGAAAAAUUGGCAAGAAAAUAUACAGAAUUUAAAUGUUUAUCUUUCGCUCAUCUUGUGUAUAUUAUUUUGUUUUUUUUGUUUUAUAAAUCUGUUGUUAUCACCCCGGUCACAAUAUUUCCCAAUAUUUAGAAUGGACAACAAGGAAUAGUUUUGAUUUUGGCUGCAGGUGUGAAAAGUAUACAUUUUUAUGAAAAACAUUAAACCGUUGAAUAAAAUUUUUUAAAUCACCUAUAA